CGAAAGUGCUUCUCCUCCUCGCGCGCGCGUCGAGCAUCUCGUGAGCUGCCUCCUCCACAUUAUCAACCCUCCACAACACAAGCAUACGCCGUCGCAGCUCAAGUGCAGCAAGGAAUCGCCAUGGACUUCGAUAUCAGUAUGGACGAUGUUGCCGACGGCUUUGCUCCUCCAACGGUGACAAUUGGUGACGGCACAAGCAUCACAAUACCCGCCACAGCGCCUUCUCCGUCAAACGAACGCGAUAUAGGAGGCUCGAUCUUGGUGCGGAACAAGGUACACAUUCGGGGACUGGAAACAUUGACCACGGACGACAUCAAAACAUACGUCAAGAGUCAUUAUGGUCUCCCAGACAGAGUCGAGUGGAUCGACGAUGAAUCCGCAAACCUGCUCUUUGGGUCCGAAAGCACGGCACAGGAAGCCCUGAGGGCAUUGAGCGCCAUCGAUAUUGCCGACGUGACUCAAUUGCCUCCCAGGGAAACGAUUCCAGCCAAGGCUGUCACAUCCCACCCAGAUCUCAAUAUUCAAAUCCGGUUCGCUGUGGUGUCCGACAGGAAGGUUCGAGGCGCCGCUGAGCGAAGUCGAUUUUACCUGCUGCAUCCCGAAUUCGACCCAGAGGAGAGAAGGCGACGUGAGGGAACCAGAAACAGAUAUCGCAAUCGGGAUGGAGAUGACCGCCGCCGCAAUGGCCGUGGAAGAAAUCAGCGGGACCGCGACUCGAGCCCGGAGGUGUUUCAUGCGAGCAUGUACGAUGAUGACGAGGAGACGCUGGCAGACCACAGGCCAGCGCACCAUCGGAGAUCUCGCUCGAGAGACUCAACUACACGUGGAGAGCGGUCUUAUUCGUCUCGCAAUCAGGAAAGGGAGCUGUUCCCGGGUCGCGUAUCAGGGGCAGGAAAGCGGCAACGAAAUCGCUCGGCUUCACCCCUACGGGAUGUCGAUGGAGACGCAGCAAUGGAUGUGGAGGCAGCACGCGCGCCGAGAGCCAGCAAUCAAGACAACAGAGAGAGAGCAUCUGGUAUCAGGGAUCGUCUGGCCAUGGACAAUACAUCCAAGGAAUUGUUUCCCGCCAAGAGCUCGUCGGCGGGGAAGACGCAUAUGGAUAGGGUUAUAGACGGCGCAGACGAAGCCACGCGAAUUAUGCAGCACAAAAUGUCCGUGAGCAACGAAGACGACGGCAAGAAGGCCCUGUUUGAUAUGCGAGGUCGAGCAAACAAUCAAAGCUCUGGUACUGGAUUCGCCAUCAAGGGCGCCGCGGGCGCGAACGUCAAGGAGCUGUUCCCGAGCCGCUUUGGAGGUGGCGGCAAUGCCGGGAAGGAGCUCUUCGCCGGCAAAUUGGAAGGCCGUGGCCGUCGACGGCAGAAAGCCGAGGACCUGUUUUCGUAG